CAGUAUAAAAUGAAAUUAAUUUUACGCGCCAAAACAAAAAGUUGCUCUUCGAAAUUACAUCUAAAGUCUAUUUGGUUUUUUAUUCUCCUGUAAAAUGUACUUUUUGGAGUUACGACGUUUUGCACUUAAGCCAUCGAUACACUGUUAAACAAGUUUUCAUAAUACCUCAUAAAAGGGAGCUUGUGGAAUAUAUCAAGAAAUUGACCUACGAAUAUUCACAAAUGCUGACACCAGAAUAGCUUAACCCUUAACCACGGACAGGGAGUCUAUCAGACUCCGCGGCGUGCAUUUUACCCAUCGAGAUAGAAUAAAGGGGAGACGCUAUGACGUUACUAAAAGUGUCCGCACUUUUCAAUAAGCAUUACAUUUUUACGUCAUGUGUCAAACUAACGUGACCUAGUCAGUUUUAUUACUGAUUUGGUGAGAAUAAACGCCAUUUUAUUUAAAUAGCUACACUUAAAUCUUAUAAAAGGUUGUUUAUUUUAAUUUGAAAUAAUGGUAUCAUGUCCUAUAAGAAGCUGUUGCAGCAGUGACAGCGUUAGUAAGAAAAAAACUUCAGGAAUUACAUUUCAUUAGUAAGUCUAAAGCAUAUUCUCAACAAUUAUAAGGACCGUAUUCUUAAUUUUUGUUUCAAUGUUUGUGUGUUAAUUAAUCAUAAUUUACUUUUCUAAUAAUAUAAGUAUAUCAAUCUUGCUAGUUUAGAUUCUGAUAAAAAUGUAAUGAUAAUUAUACAUCAGUAGUGAUGCCCAUAUAAAUCAUUUGGGCUUUUAUAUGAUCUUUUUAUAUGAUCUUUAUGAUCAUAUUUUAUGCUAUUCCUGUAGGUACAGUUAAGGAAUAAGUUUUAAAUUUUCACAACGCUAAAUAUACAAAUACUUGAAUUAUAGAUUUCCAAAGAACUCUGUAACGCGGGAUUCAUGGAUUGGAUUUGUAAAUAGAGUUGACUGGAAACCUUCAAAAUAUAGUGUACUAUGCUCUAGACAUUUUGAAGAAAACUGUUUCUAUAGAAAUUCUGUACAUUUUGUUCGUCUAAAAGAUUAUGCGAUUCCGUCUUUGCUGAAUCCAAGUUUAGUUCUCUUAGCAGAUGUGGUCGGUCACAUGAAACAAUUAAAAGGAACCAAAAGAGAUUAACUCAUAUGUGCACGCAGUUUAGAUCAGCAAAGAAAACUAAUAUUUCGUGCAAUUUUUUUAUUGAAAUAGCAAGGCACUUUCGGCAUUUAGCCAUCUAAAGUGCUUAUUGUCAAGCAAAAAAGUCCUUCAAUGUCGGUUUUCAUCGUUAUUUUAAUAAUGAACUAUUGAAGAAUCCUAUCUUGCUAAGUCACCAUUUUUAAUGAGUUGUUAAAAAGUGUAUUGUUAAUUUGUUUAAAUUUCAAAGUUUAAGACCUUCUAAUUAAAGAUUUUCGUUAAGGCAAAGUAAACAAUAAGAACUAAAGAUGGUGUAAUACUUUGCUGGACAUCAAAAAGAAUUUUCCAGAAAAAUUAUAUAUAUUUCUGGUCUCAUAUUUUUAAGAAUUUAUUCUAUAAUUGAGAUACAAUCUAGAAAGAAAGUCACAAAAUUCGAGAAAUCUUCUUCAAUUUGGUUACAAAAAACCUCUACAAAAAAUUUUGACAAUAUUUUAAUAUUUUUGGAUAUGGCCGAUAAAUAUAUUGACGGCUUAAAAACACAUUGCAAUGGGCAAUUAUUAUUAGACAGUGGAAGGCAUACGAGAUUUUUAGGAUUACAAGUCUGUAUCCACAGUACUAAAUGUUUAUUUAAUUCUUUAGUUGUGCAAAACAAUUUAUUAUCUUUCUUACCAAAAUAUAAAAUCUCCCAGGAUAACUUGGAAUUAUUUUUUUGUUCGAUCCGUUUACAUGGGGGUUAUAAUAACAACCCCACAGUAAGACAAUUUAUGUCAGCCUAUAAACAGCUACUCGUCCAUGUAGAGUUGUGUGAAAAUUUUCGUGGGAACUGUAUACCCUUAGAAGAGAAUAGUAUUUUAAAGUGCGAUGUAGUCGACAACUUAAUAUAACAUCAACUGGAUAUUCAUUUUCCAAUCAAGCACAAGAUUAUGAAAAUGAUCCCUUUGAAAUUAUUGAAGCCAUCGAAUUAGAUCACGGUUAUGUACGAGAUCCCUGUAUUACUCCAUUUUCGAAAUAUGUAAUUACUUACAUCGCGGGUUACGUUGUUCAUUCUAUAAAUAAAAAAAUAUAUUAUGGACAAUGUUCUCAAGCACUAAUAAGUGAUACAAAAAAUAUUAAUAUAUAUUCAUUCAUAUAGAUAUGAAAAAUAAAAACAAAUUGCAUUACCCAUCAGAAGAUGUUAUCGCUAUCUGUAUGACAUGUGAAAAGCUUUUAAAAAACAGAAUAAUUAGUUUCUGAAAAACAGAUUUCACUUGACAUCUUGAUUCAGUUAGUAUUAAGAGAAUAUACUUCUUCAAACACAUUUUCAAGUCUUAUACAACAUGGAUUAGAUUAGUCAGUUUUUGAUAAUCACAGAACAUUAUUAUUGAAAUGUGUUGCGAGUAGGUACCUAAAUGUAAGAAUGUGCUAUUUAUCAAAAAAUAAAGCAAAUAAGAAAAUUAGCAUAAGACACC